AUGUGUCUUGGCAUUUCAAUCAUGUACCCAUUCGAUGGCAUUGUUGGGCUUGGCAUGCCUGCACUCUCGCGGAGCAAGGACUACAACUUCCUGGGCAAUAUUGCAGAGGCGCGGCAGCUACAGAAAGAUCGCUUUGCGGUGUGGUUGUCGAAGCAGGUCGAUCAGGAGGAUGCAGAGAUUUCCUUUGGCGAGAUUCCCAUGAACCGCCUGAGCUCUGACAUCGUGUGGUUUCCACUCUCCUCCACGGUGUCAGGUCUGUGGCAGGUCUCCUUGAAGGAUCUCACGGUGAAUUUGGUUCGCCAAGGGCUUUGCAAGAAGCAGGCUUGCCAUGUCGCCUUCGAUACCGGUACUGGUGUCAUUGCUGGCCCCAAGCACAUCAUUGACGUCCUCAAGCAGGAGCUUAAUGUGGCCACUGACUGCAGCAACUGGGACGAGCUGCCAGCCUUAGGCGUUGAGCUGGGGGAUCGUGUCUUCAACAUCGAAAAGUAUGAGUAUGUGCAGAAGAGCAGUGAGGGCUGCUUCGUGCAGCUGGUGGCCCUUGACACGGAACUUCCCACCAUAUAUCUUGGGACUCCUUUCUUGGAGCGUUAUGUGACCAUCUACGAUCGUGUCUUCCUGCGAAUGGGUUUGGCCUUUGCUCUCCAUAAAGCUGAACCAACGGGAGAGAGCACACAGGAUGCCGCCCAGCGGCUCAUGGGAAGACAAGCCCUUGGAAAGCUGGAGUAG